UUCUCACUGCUUUUUUUGUGAGUGGGGUUGGGUUAGGGUGUUUCUCUAUGUGUUUAUUUUCAGAGAAGGCUUCCUUCUGGCUCUUCUCAGUCGCUGCAACAAACAAACUCCAGUCAGGAGAGAGAUCAAAACAGACAGAGAAAAUGCAGCCUGCACUAUCUGGCUUUCUGCAGUGCCGGCGACCAGCCUUUCCUUGCGAGCAGUUGCUGCCUAACCAGCUACUCCUGCUCAGCCAGCAGGGUGAGGAGAUUCCUGGCUGGUGUUGGCUCCGUAGCAGUAGCGCGGAUGACUUUUCCUGGCUGCAUUCCCUCCCUUUUCAGGUGUCCAUCCAGUCCUCCCCCUGCUCCAACCCAAAUCCAGGAGAGAACACCCCCUUCCAUAGCCUUGGUCACAUGCUGCUCCUUGCUUACUGGUUAUGUCCACUGGCCGCAGCUCCAAAACAUCAUUCAACUCUUCGACAUUAGCACCAGCCGAAGUACUGGUCUGCGGAGUGAUCAAUUCGACUGCCUGCCUUUCGACACGUCUUGGGUUCCUAGAGGGACACACCCUUAUAUCCUUUUUCCUCCCAGGGGGAGUCUUCCGCCUCCUUGCCAUUCAGUUCCUUGUUGUAGGUGCCAUACAAGGCGAGUCAGGGAUCUGUCACCAUACCCCACAGUAAAGCUUUCAUGUUCUCCAUACCCCAAGAGCAACAGCUAUUCCUGGCAUGACAGAUCUGUGGAACAAGCACUUUCUUAAAGUUUAAGGUUACCCCUUACCUUAUGGAUAUUAAAGAGUCUAUCUUGGAUGUAUCAAGUCAAAUAUGCUUAAAAAAAAGCAUGCAGGCUUUAUUUCCAAAUGUCUCUUCUCCAUUGUCUAACUCCUUUGAAUUUAUACAAAAGCCUGUGGAAAUGGUGUACUCUGUCGAGCACCCUGUCUACACUGUGCCUGGGAAGGCAGAUUUCACAAGUAUAAAUACGCAGACAACCUGAUCAGGCCAAGUACAACAGGAAACGUCCUGAAACCUUUUUUUGACAUCAAAAUAUGUGACUAAACAAAGCAAACCAUGCACACAAUAGAAUAUUUUGAGAAAUUAACAACUGUUCAGUUGAAAGCGCUAUUCCCCUCCCCUGAGACCAAGUGACUAUUCCUAAGUAGGAGCUUUUUGUUAAUGCAGAUUUCUGUUCCACUGUUUCUCUGGGCCAAACUUUAUCACAGAGUUUCCUCCACAUGAAAAAGACGUCUAGAGACGUAAAAAGCCACCUUUCAUUCCAAACUUCGAUUGGCUUGCAGUCGCCCACGAACCCUAAAAGCUGAGGAUACUAAUUCUGGAGACCCUUUAGUGAUAGGGGGCGUGUCUUCGCCGGCCGAUUUUAAGCGUGUCUGAACUCCCAAGUUGACGUCUAGUCCUUCUGUUCAGGUGCACGCAGACUGACCGUACCUCUGGGCUUUUUUCCUUGGAAUUUGGGGGGGAAACUAAUCCACAACUAUGAGCGAAGCGCAGCAGGAGGCGCGCUCAUACUUGAGCGAGGAAAUGAUUGCCGAAUUCAAGGCUGCCUUUGAUAUGUUUGAUACCGACGGUGGCGGUGAUAUCAGCACCAAGGAGUUGGGCACUGUCAUGAGGAUGCUGGGUCAGAACCCCACCAGAGAGGAGUUGGAUGAAAUCAUCGAGGAGGUCGAUGAGGACGGCAGCGGUACCAUUGACUUUGAGGAAUUCUUAGUCAUGAUGGUAAGACAGCUAAAGGAGGACCAAGCUGGCAAGAGCGAAGAAGAGUUGGCGGAAUGCUUCCGCGUGCUCGACAAGAACGGAGACGGAUACAUCGACAGGGAAGAGUUUGCUUUGAUCAUCCGCAGCAGCGGUGAGAGCGUUACGGAAGACGAGAUCGAUGACCUGCUGAAGGAAGGCGACAAGAACGCUGAUGGCAUGCUGGACUUCGACGAAUUCCUCAAGAUGAUGGAAAACGUGCAGUAAAACAGGGACUCAAGGACAUUCCUCCACCACAUGACCCUUGCCUCCUCCUGUCUACUCAGCUCUUCCAUGCUCUCUUCUCUACAGUCACACUCCACCAUUCUGUCUGUCCCCCCAAAAUAGGAAUCAGCCAUGGGGAGGGGGUGUCCUUCGAUAUCCCAUAAUCCCCCCCCCCCCCUCUCUCUCUUCACGAUCAUUAAGAUGCAGCUGUGGCUGAAAUCUGAAUGUGGCCUAAAGGCUGAGGUGACGGAUUCCGUUAAUUUUUUUCCUGGCAACAGAUGGUGUCCUGCAUACCCUGUUCAUCACACCGCAUCCAGCCUGUGCUGCUUAGGUUUGGCCACUCGGCACUUUGACAACGACGAGUCUUAGACAGCACCCAGCUCCUGUCAAAGAGGACUGUGAACCAAGGCUUGCAGGAAAACAAUAAAAUAAUGAUUUUGAAAACCGCAUUGUGUUUGGUUUGACCUCUGAAUUGAGCAAUAUAAAUAAAAUUCUAUUUUGCUUUUA